AUGGGUAAUAAUUCAGCAUCAUCUACAACAAGUAAUACUAUGUCAACUCCAAGCCAAGCCCAAAUUGAUGCUCAAGUUACUGCCUAUCUUGAACGUGCUAAAGAAGACUUUGAUGUCAAAUUUUCACAGCCGGCGAAACAAACAACUAAAUUAGAUGAUUUUAAAUUACAACGCACUGUUGGCACAGGCUCAUUUGGUCGUGUUAUGAUUGUUCAACGUGGUAAUCAAUCAUUAGCAUUAAAAGUUAUGGAAAAACAAACAAUUGUUAAAUUAAAACAAAUUGAACAUACGUUAUCUGAAAAAAAAAUUUUACAAGCAAUUAAAUUUCCAUUUCUUGUUAAUUUAAUUCAUUCGUUCAAGGAUAAUUCACAUCUUUAUAUAGCAUUAGAAUUUGCUAGUGGUGGAGAAAUGUUUACACAUCUUCGAAGUGUAGGUAAAUAUUCAGAAGAUCAAACACGUUUUUAUGCAGCUCAAGUAACAUUAGCUUUUGAAUACUUACAUUAUUUAAGUAUUCUUUAUAGAGAUUUAAAACCAGAAAAUAUACUUUUUUCAGCUGAUGGAUAUUUAAAAAUUACUGAUUUUGGUUUUGCUAAAGUCGUUCGAGAUCGAACAUAUACAUUAUGUGGUACACCAGAGUAUAUUGCUCCGGAAAUAAUUCUAUCACGUGGUUAUAAUAAAAGUGUUGAUUAUUGGGCGUUAGGUGUAUUAAUGUAUGAAAUGGCUGCAGGUUUUCCACCAUUUUAUGCUGAUCAACCAAUACAAAUUUAUGAAAAAAUUGUUCAAGGAAAAUUUAAAUUUCCAUCACAUUUUUCAAGUGAACUUAAAGAUUUAGUUCGUAAUUUACUUCAAACAGAUUUAACAAAACGUUAUGGAAAUUUAAGAAAUGGUACAAAAGACAUUAAAUAUCAUAAAUGGUUUUCAACAAUGAAUUGGAUUGCUUUAUUUGAAAAACGUAUUAAACCAUCACAUGUACCUAAACCUGACAAAGAUCAUUUUGAAAAAUAUGAUGAAAAACCUAUGACACAUUCUACCGUAGAACUUUAUCCAGCUGAAUUUGACAGUUUUUAA